AUGUCCCAAAAAGGAGCCUAUUUAUUAGACUUCUUUUACAAAAAAAGCAAAGAUGCCAAAGGUUAUCCCUUUAAUCCGGACAAGUUAACCGACCCUAACAUCCAUUUUUGUCAAAUCGGCAAAAAGGUAGUCAAAAGAUUUAUCAAAGGCGGCUUAAUGAGUAAAGAUAAAUGGGUCGAAGAAGAAACCGAAGUAAUUGGGGGAGAUAAAGGAAAUGCCGGACAUUUAGCCAUUGGCACUGGUAUUGCCAAAGGGGAAGUAGAAAUGGCUUACUGCUUACGAGGAAACCCAACCCAACGAGCCACCGAAGAGGAAAUAAAGGAGGGAAAACAUGACCCCGAAAUGAAAUCCCUUUAUAAAUCCCACGGCUCUUAUCCAUUAAAGAAAGAAGUAAAAGAAAAAUUAAUCCCUCAAAAAGAAACCAUCGUCGUUUUCGAUGAAGCCCACUUCAAUGAUGCCGGUUAUCAAUCUCUCCAAUUUGAAAUGAUAAAAGCCGGUUAUAACUGUUUAAGAAUGAGUGCGACUUUCCCGGGUGCGGAAUUCUCCACCACUUCUUCUUAUCCCAUGAAAAGAAUUCAUUGUGAUGGCCCUAUUGAUCCGAACAUGCCGGGCGGAUUAAUGAUUUACCAAAAUGCUGAACAAGUGGAAAAAUUAGAAAAUUUGCGGGGAGUUCCAGUUGAACUAAGUGAUGAACAAAUCCGAACUUUGGGCAAUAAUGUUUCUUACAUGGUCUAUACUCCCGAAUUUGAUGAGAAUUGUGAGGAUAUUUCGCAUGGUCGGCCAAAGGGUUCCGCCGAUAAUGUAGACGAUAGCAAAGCCAUGGGUUAUACUCCCAGAAUAGACACGGUGAUUUGUUUAGGAGCCAUUGAAACCACUAACUUAGGAAAAUACUUUACUUAUUCUGAUCCUACGCUCGGAUUUAUCGACAUUUCUAAUUUAGUGCAGGAAAUGGGACGGGUUUCUCGAACCAGUUAUGGUUUAGCCAUUACCCUAACCAAAGAAUGCGGAGAAGUUGAUUUAAGUGAUAAUGUUAGUGCGGCCAUGGUCCGAACUACUUUUAACGGCGAUAUCAAGCAAAUCAAUGAUAAAGAAUAUAAGCAGAUUUACGAUAUAGAUAUCUUGCGGGGGGCCUUGGCUUAUCCCGACCCCAAAACUUUCGGUAAAGCCCCAGAAGAAAUCUUAAUGGGCUUAAAAAUUACCAAAGACCAACAAUCUAAAAAAGAAAAAUUAACUCAACUAGUUUGA